AUAACCAGUCUAAACUCCCACGGGAUUAUGAUAUCUUUUGGCUAACAUAAUAUGGCUAACUCGCCAAACUUCACGUCGACUCAACGUCACGAGUCUUUAGGAGUAUAGCGCUCUGUAAGCACCUGACUCGUUGACAAUCGACCAGUCUGAGUAUCUCAGGGAGGUUACUGUUACUGCGAGGAGGGAGAGAGCAUAAAAGAAAGAAAACCCUAAACCCUAAUUAGAUAAUGCAAAAUGGGGACUUUCAUCCCACCACCAAAUGUAGCAGCACCUUACCAGUGUUGCGGGAGGGAAUCAAAUUUCCAGGUAGCUCAGUCUAACCCUAAUUCUCUCUUUCUUCAUGUUUAUAGCCCUAGGGUUGAAUGUACAAACUGUUUUAGUCUAUUACACCCCGACAAUAACUACAUCAGUGACAAUCUUCUUUUUAGAUACAGCUCAAAUUUAAGGGCACAUAGAUCCUUAGUUCCUUGUUCCAAAAAUUAUGGCGUAGGCUUUAGUACACCUGCGUUUCCCAUUUCAAAAACCUGUAAUUUUUCAGAUGAAUCAGAAAACCAGUCUGGAAACUGGAAGUUGUGGAGAAAUUCGUCUUUUUAUGACUAUGAUUAUAUAGAUGGUUGCAACAAUUGGAAUAGUUGUGGAAAAGAAACUGAAAUUUUUGGAAUGGAUGGUUAUUCUUUGGGAAAAGAUAUUCGGGUUUGGAAUGAGAAGAUUCGAGAGCUCAUAGAGAAUUCACAAUUUGGUGAUGGGAUUAGGGUUUAUGUGGCGCUGCUUAGUAUGAAUGUUGUGUUCGAUAAGUUCACACUUCCACGUGUUAUAAAGGCGUUUGGGGGCAUUUCAGAUUCAAGAAAAGGGAAACAGAUUCAUGCCCAUGUUGUAAAAUUUGGUUUUUGUGUCGAUACAUUUGUUGCGAAUUCUCUAAUGGCCAUGUAUACAAAAUGUGGAGCCAUGGACUGUUCACUGAAAUUGUUUGAUAGAAUGCAUGAAAUAGAUGUAAUCUCGUGGAAUACUCUUAUUGGUGGUUUUAGAAGGUUGGGUAAGCCAAAUGAAGCUUUGGAAACCCUUCAAAAUAUGCAAUUGCUAGGUGGUCUUAGACCCAAUUUGCAAACUUGUCUCGCUGCACUCUCUGUAUGUGCUUCUCAUGGGUUUUUGCUUCAUGGAAGAGAAACCCACUCUUUUUCCAUAAAAAAUGGAUUUAUUUCUGACCUUUUUGUGGGGAAUUCAAUUAUAGAUAUGUACAUGAAAUGUGGGCAUCUCAUGGCUGCUGAAAAGGUAUUUCAUGGAUUGUUACAAAGAAAUGCAGUCACUUACAAUCUGAUGAUCAUGGGUUAUGUUCAUUAUGGAUGUGAGCUGAAGGCGUUAAUGAUGUUUUGUGAAAUUCUUAUAUCAUCUGUAAUACCUGACUAUGCAACUGCAAUAGGUGUCCUAGUGUCAUGUUCUCAGUUACUUGAUUUUGAGCAUGGUCGGUGUGUACAUGCCCAUAUCAUAAAGCAUUCAUUGGACUUGGACACAAGAGUGGCAACUGCCCUAAUUGACAUGUAUUUCAAGUGUGGUAGCAUUGAUGGAGCUUUGCUAGUGUUUAAGAAUGCUUUUUUUAGAAAUUUGGUGAUGUGGGGUGUUGUAAUUAAGGGUUGUGCUCGGAAUGCUUACCCAUAUAGGGCAUUGGAUUUUUUCUCUCAGAUGCGCCAAGAAGGUGUUCAAGCCGAUUCGAUGGUAAUUGUCUCUACGCUUAGGGUUUGUUCUUCCUUGAGUCUUUUGAAUAAGGCCAAGGAGGUCCAUGCGUUUUCCAUUAGAAUGGGCUACGAUACUGAUAUGUAUGUUGGGAGUGCCUUGGUUGAUGUGUAUGCCAAGGAUGGAGAUGUAAGUCAUGCCCAUAAGGUGUUGCUGAGGAUGCCCAUGAGGGAUGUGAUCUCAUGGAAUGCCUUGAUAUCUGGAUACAUUCACCAUGAUCAUUUCGAUGAUGGGUUGAUGGCAUUUCAAGCUAUGCAGCUUGAGGAUGUGAAGCCCAAUUCAGUGACAAUAUCAUCCAUUCUUAGGGCUUGUGGGCAAUUGUCAGUUUUCCAUCACUGUAAACAGAUUCACGGUUAUCAUUUUCGAAAUGGGUUAGAGUCGAAUGUCUUGGUUUGCAAUUCUCUCAUUGUUAGUUACUUACGAUGUGGGGACAUAGACCAUGCAAGAAUGAUAUUCAACCAGAUGCCUGAAAAGGAUGAAACAACAUGGAAUUCUAUGAUUUUAGGAUGUGGCAUGCAUGGUUUAGUUGAUGAUUCACUUGAUUUGCUUACUAGAAUGCAACUAGUUGGAAUAACACCAAGUGAUGCCACUUUCACUGGCAUUCUUUCAGCAUGCAGUCAUGCUGGACGGGUAAAAGAGGGAUGGGAAUGCUUUAGAAGCUUGAUUGAUGACUAUGGUAUCGUGCCCAAAGUUGAACAUUAUACUUGCAUGGUUGACCUCCUUGGUCGUGCUAGUCAUUUGAAUGAGGCAUAUGAACUGAUCAAGGGUAUGCCUUGUGAGCCUGAUGCCCUUAUUUGGGGUUCUUUGCUUGGUGCUUGCAAAAUCCAUGGUAACCAAAAUUUGGCUGAAAGUGUGGCAGAACACCUUUUUGACCUAGAUCCUGAAAUCAUAGGUUAUCAUGUGCUCUUAUCUAACCUAUAUGCUGAUUUUGGAAAGUUUGAUGAUAUAGCUCGGAUUAGAGGAACAUUGAAAGAAAAGGGUGCAAGAAAGAAUCCAGGAUGUAGCUGGAUUGAGGUCAACAAUAAGGUUCAUGUGUUUCUUGCUGGAGAUAGAUCACAUCCACAGCAUGAAGAAAUAUAUGCAACACUGGAUAAUUUGACUAGGAAGCUUAAGGAGGCAGGAUGUGUACUCUCGCCAGUUCAUUUAGACUGAUGUUUUCAAUAAAACAGUCUUCUAUGGCACAUAUCAGAAGCAGAAGCCUUCUUUCUUUAAAGGUAGGAGCAUUCACAAGGUAUAGAAAUCUGCAUGUUUCUCGUGCUAGGAAAGUAUAUCGAGGUUCUCCCCUAAUGCGAAGCAUAUAAGUGAACGUCACAUAUAAUUUGGUUCCAACGCAAGCUGUAUUAAACAUUUGUAGCCAUGGGACUGGGGGCCACAUAAUCGAGGAAAUUUUAUAUUAUAAAAGUCUAGAUCUUGCAGGAUCCCUGUUUUAUGGUAGAAUUACCUCUGCCAAAACUAAUGCUUUAUUGGCAAUUUCUGGGAAAUUUAGUAAUUGUAAUUUUAUCUUCCCAAAGGGCUUUUGCAGGCAUUAGCUUACCUUGGCUGCGCCUUAUUCCAGCAAAGUGGCGGGAGGGCCAUAAAGGCCUUUUGAGUUCUUAACAAUUAGAAAAAAAAGGUAUUCUUGUGUUCUUGGGAAUCUGUAACUAACUGGAAGCUGACCCACGAGACCACUUACAAUUGAUGGGCCUAAUAGAGGUUGAGAAGGCUCUUUAAAAGCAUACCUUCGAAGCAACUAUGAGGUAUGUGGACUAUCUUGAUUGGUGGACUCUACAGCAUGGGUCUUCGAUUAUAGUCAACAUCUAUCUCAAAUUUUCUCCCAUCUGAAAUGCUUCUGAAAGAGAUGGUGCCUCUUGACUUGAAUAUUUGUUUGUCCUUAUGAGUAAGGAAAGUUUGAUGUAAGCAUCCCCCACUUGGAAUCAUGGAAUAGCCUUUUGUUUUACCUAGAACAAAUUCAGCCUUAUUUUGAAGGAAUAUGAUAUUGGUAGGUCUUAUUCAAAUGUGGGUGUUGAUUUGAUUGUAUACUUGCUAAUGACAACACUACACAUAAUAU